UGGUGCGCUCCGGCCAGCUGUGCGCCGCCGAGUGAGGCGCCAGCCUGUGGGUGCUGCCGGGGGCGGCGGCGCGGAGGGGGGGCACAACUGGCGGUGGCGCGGGUCGCGGUGCUCCGCUUGUGGCCGGGGGCGAAGGUGACGACGGGUCGCGAGGUGCUGGUGCUGCUGAGCAGUUCCGGGCCCGGAUCCCCUGUCUCCGUGUGUGGCGGCCCAGCCAUCGACCCCGGGUCCGCGCCAGCAGGAGCCUGGGGAGAAAUAAGCGGCGGCGCGACUGCUGGCGGCGGCCGGCUGGAUGCGAGACCUGCGUGGACCGGGCGGCGGACAGCGGUUGUCGACUGCGAGAAGCGAAUCGCCCAGCAGAGGAACCCGACCGCUCUGGCCAUGGCCUCCAACUUUAACGACAUAGUCAAGCAGGGCUACGUGAAAAUCCGCAGCAGGAAGCUAGGGAUAUUCAGACGAUGCUGGUUGGUUUUUAAGAAGGCUUCUAGCAAGGGACCCAGAAGGCUAGAAAAGUUUCCAGAUGAAAAGGCAGCUUAUUUCAGAAACUUUCACAAGGUAACUGAACUGCACAACAUCAAAAACAUAACCAGACUGCCUCGAGAGACAAAGAAGCAUGCAGUGGCAAUUAUCUUUCAUGACGAAACGUCAAAGACAUUUGCUUGUGAGUCAGAGCUGGAGGCUGAGGAGUGGUGCAAGCACCUUUGCAUGGAAUGCCUGGGGACAAGGCUGAAUGACAUCAGCCUAGGGGAGCCUGACCUACUGGCAGCUGGGGUGCAGCGGGAACAGAAUGAACGAUUCAAUGUUUAUCUUAUGCCUACACCCAACCUGGAUAUUUAUGGUGAAUGCACAAUGCAGAUCACUCAUGAGAAUAUCUAUCUCUGGGAUAUCCACAAUGCGAAGGUCAAGCUAGUGAUGUGGCCUCUUAGCUCGCUGAGGAGAUAUGGUCGGGAUUCCACUUGGUUCACCUUCGAGUCAGGAAGAAUGUGUGACACAGGAGAAGGACUAUUCACUUUUCAAACAAGGGAAGGAGAAAUGAUCUAUCAGAAGGUCCACUCUGCAACACUGGCUAUAGCUGAGCAGCACGAAAGAUUAAUGCUAGAAAUGGAGCAGAAGGCCCGGCUGCAGACAAGCUUGACUGAGCCGAUGACGUUAUCAAAAUCCAUCUCUCUUCCUCGGAGUGCAUACUGGCAUCACAUUACACGUCAGAACAGUGUUGGGGAAAUCUACAGUUUGCAAGGUCAUGGGUUUGGUUCAUCAAAGAUGUCCAGGGCACAGACAUUUCCCAGCUAUGCUCCAGAACAGAGUGAAGAGGCUCAGCCACCGUUGUCACGGUCCAGCAGCUAUGGAUUCAGCUAUAGCUCCAGCCUCAUUCAAUGACACACCGAGGCCACCACUGACCAGCAAGACAGUCUGUCUUGGACCUGCCAUGGGGUCAUUUCGUCCCAUGCUUCCUGGAAGACCAAUUGCAGUACAAUUUAACAUUGGUAGGGCCUAGUCCCAACUAGAAGGUUAAACACUGAAGUUCUGCUUCCUUGAUUCAGUGGUUAAGUCCUUUAUUUAUUGAAUUUCUAUGGGGGAAAUCUAUGUUUUACCCAAAAAAAAAAAUAGAAUCCAAUAAUAUGAACACUCAUCUAAAUGAGAAAAAUUCUUUGUGUCUGACAUUAGCAGAAGUUUUGGUACUGGGAAAUUUUUCCACUCCAGUUUGAGCCUGGCUGUCACUAACAUUUGUCCUAAGGUUAGGUGCUUUUGUUUAGACAUAUGGCCUGUGUUUAGACAUAUGAUGACCUACUGCAAGCCCUGUGGCUUUUUCAGUUUUGGCAGAAAGAAGUCAAGUGAGCUCUACAGAUGGCAUCUUUACUCUCUAUGUAAAAAUAUCCAGUGUUAAUAAUGGGGUGCAAAGUUAGAAUAUUCCAUUAAGAAGGGCCCUGUAGCUUGAGUGUGUGUGUCUGUCUGUGUGUGUGUGUGUGUGUGUAAGUAUAGCCACGGAUAUUGCUAUAUCAACCUACAGAUAAGUAUAUAUCAUCAGUGCUGAGGGUGAUAGGAUAUGCUCUCUUAAAUUAUUGAAAACUAAUUUGUUGCGUUCAAAUUGAUUGUUAUGUUGAAUAUAUUGAUGUUAGAAUUUUUUUUUAAAAAAAAGCCCCCCUACUAGCAGCAGUAUUUCUGUAGUCCACUCUGAUCCUAUAAGGAGUAUGUGUGGAAACUCAAGAGGAAAGUGUUUUGGAAGCAGGAUAACAAGCCUAGCUGUCCUGUAUGUUGGUUGUCAUAUUGUAUGUCUAGUUAGUGUUGCCUUGUUAUUGAUUGUUUCUUCCCUUGGCCAUCCAUCAGAAGUACUUGAGGAAUCGGUGUAAUCUCCAACUCCAAAUGGAGACUCCAAAAUGUUGGAGAAAGACAUAAAACUGAUCUUAAAGUAAACUCAGCCAUCAUGUAGUCAAGAGAGGAGAACAAAUGUUACACAAAAAUAGAUGUUAGGAUUUUAAAUUUCACAGACGAAUUUCACAAAGGCCAUCAUCAUUGGGGCUUGGCAUUCACUGUGGAAUCAGAACUUACUUGGCUUUAAUUUUUUCUUGUAUUGAACUUACUUGGCUGGGAUGAAAGGAGAAAAUGUUUCACUUGUAAAUUUUUUAGCUCUAAAAUAUGACAAACUACCAAGUUUGAGGGAAAAUAGGAAAUUCCACUCAAAGAGGAAAAGUCUGGCUAAUUCAGGUCAAAAUAGAAAUGUUUGCUGGGUAAAAAUAUAAAUUACUAUGCCUGACUCACCUGAUGUCAUGUGCCUAAACCAGAUAUCUAUCAAGGAGUCCAGAUCAUAUUUAAAGAACAAACAAACAAACAAACAAAAAAACCAUGAUCAGGCAAGAGGAAAACCUGAUUUUUUUUCCAUAUUAGCAAAUGUUCUAUCAAAGUUAGUCUGUUAAAAGGAAUCUUUCUCUGAUCCCCAUCAGGAUUUCCUUCAUCCUUAUCCAUAGGUGAAGAGCAAACUGACAACUCAUUUCAGUGAAUUACUACUGAGUAAAGUGUUUAUGCAUCCUUCCUUGAUAAAUGUGCACUUACUGCAACUACCUACACUCCCCAAAUAACUCAGAUAGGUAUGAAAACCCUAUAAAGACUAAUCAUAAGAGUUAAUGUGGCUGUGAAAAAUAAUUACCUUAAGUCUUCAGGGAUAAAAAGAAAAUUGCCCAAACUCUGCACUGUGGAUUUUGCUGACACAGCAGAAGAGCAAAUGACUGGGUCCUACUGAGGACAGAGGAUACAGCCAUCCCUGGAAUCCCACUUUUCAGGGUUAAUGCCUCUGAGUUUCUUUAACACAUGGCAUCCACUGUAGAAAUGCCAUUAGUAAAUACACCAGAGCAACUCUGAGCUGAGACUGUUCUAGCACGGUUCCUAGUGUGGCCAUCAGAGAGAGCCUCUUGCUGGCUCACUGAGUCGAGCUGUUGCUUAGACACCACAAGUUUCUACAAGGAACUUAUGGGGAAAGGCCCUGAGGGGGUCUUGAUUCACAUCUCAGCUUUAUCAAUGUGCCAGAAGCACAGAUAGCAAGUCCAGUAGGAUUCUGCUAAUUAUGAGUCUGCUCUUGUGUCUCUUUGGUGGGAGACAAGUACUCACAUAAAGUAGCUUCACCAUUUGGUUCUGAUCAUUCACAAUGGGUUUCAUUGAGAAGGAACCAAAAGUCACACAUAAGUUUAGGCCAGUAAUUUUUUUCCUGAAGAUAGUGUCAGAAAAGAGUGUAUGAGAGACAUACCUCCUUAGUCUUUUAACCAAUCUCAUCAUACUGAGAAUAAUACUGUAAAAUAUUUCAUGAUAAACUUUUGGAGCUUUAUUCUAGCAUACUCCUCCAAGUAUACUUAAAAUUUUCAGCUAAGUCAAAACUACUCAGAAAAGCAGUAGGAGAAUUUAUAGUAGCCUAAUAUGCUUGACAUGAGGCAGUGAUUAUUGUAAUAAAAGAAACAAACAGAUGAACCUAUAUAAACCAAAGAUGAGAAGAUACUUGUGGCAGUCUCCCGUAGCCUCAUAAAACCCAUUCCACCAUAAUUGCUAGAAUGGCUGUGGGUGUGUGUUAGCUCACCUGAACCUGUAGGUUCUUGACUUAAGAUGCCUCUAUACUUUCUCAUUUUGAGGGAGAGACUACUAUGCACCAAAGACAUCUUUACGCUCCUUCUGAGUGUACCUCAGUUGGGCUUCCACUCAGAUUUAUACAGAGCUAUGAAGAUGGUUACCAUAUCAAUAUCAAGUUGAUGGAGACAAAUGAUGAAAGAGGCUGAUGUGCAUGAGAAAGUCUCCUCUCAAAGUCUGGAGGUAUACAUGUUUUCACAUAAAUAUUUGAUGAGGGAGGUUGGGGUUUUUUUUUGUACUAUAGUGGUAAAUUAAUAUACAUGCAAUCUGUGACACAUAACAUUGCAUCAAAUAUGCAGAAAAGUGUAAAUGAACUUGGACCACUGUUUUACUGUUCUGGUGGGGUGGGGAUUUGGGACAAAAAUCACAUCUUUUGCUAAGUGAUUGAACAACAACAAAAAAAUUUUUUUGCACUCAGAGCUAAUUUACUCAGACCAGUUGGAAAUAGUUUUGAAUCAGUAGCUUUUGGCCACUGCCAGAAUUUGAAUUUAACAAAAUUUAAAUAGAUAUCUAGAGCAAGCCUUUUGCUGGUUCAGAAUGAAGCCAUUGUUUCAUACAUUAGGGAAGAUGCUGUUUGAUAGUGCAUGUAAAAUGAAAAGAAGCAUAUUCAUUGGAACUAAACCUUUCCUCAUUCUAGUAUCUAGACAAUUAGUUCCAGUGUGCAAUUCUUCUGCUUUCACUGGGAAAUUUUGUUUGAAAAUCAUUCAUCCUUCUUAUAAAAUUACCAGCCAUUCAUAUAUCUCAUCUAACAUAGAAUCCAUGGGGUGAUCAAUAUCUACACACUGUUAGUUGUAGAUUUUACAAUCCAAUUUAUUGCAUGUGGUAUCCUUAUAGUGGAUAUUAAAAAUACAUCAUAAAGGUUAAUGUCUAACUCUCAUUUUUUGGCCAAGAUCUCACAAAAUUAUGUUUUGAGAAAGCAUGUAUAAUUUACUUCUUUGAUAAUCGGAAUCACAUACAAAAUAAUCAUUAGUGCUACAGUGAAAGCAAACUAAGGUAAUUACAUUAUCAUUAUUUUUUUUUUAAAAAUGUAUUCCUGUCUUGACUAUUUUAAUAUAGCACAAUAAGUGGGCAGUAUACAUUCAGUGGUCCUGAGGUUUAGGCCUUUACUACUUAAUAUUUCACAAAGUACAAAUGUAAUGUUAAUGAC